AUGAAAAUCUUGAUAAACAAAGCUCUUGGCAAAGUCAACUUUUUCGUCCCAAGUGGAAACCUUCGAUGGGUAUUUAGUCGCACCAAGGGGCCCUCCCGCGUUUACACUGGGAGCGAAACAGUAAGGCCGGUCUGUGAAGCGGAACGCAAACCCCGAGAUAACCACCUCCGCUUUUGUGUAUACCCAGAUUCCAGCAUGGUUACGAGUGGCGCCAAGAAUAGCUACAUCCCUACACCAUAUGCCAGCAACCGACAGUUGCACUACAUUAUGCUUUGCUCUAGUGUUGUCAGAGCUAGAAAGUACUAUGAGUGCUUGAUUAAGCAAUUCGUGUUCAGAAAAGCUCAUAAGACAGUGAUUCUUGGGCACAUUUUGCGUCUAGUGCGCACGAGUGCGCACAUAAGUGGGGAGUUGAGGCUCUAA